GGGCCCGAGCGGCCGCGGUGCUGGGGAGGCGAUGGCGCCGACGGCGUCGAAGCUGCGGGCCGGGGCCGGGCUCGGGGCGCUGCCGCAGCGGGCUCUCGCCCAGUACCUGCGCCUCCUGCGGCUCUACCCGGUGCUCACCAAGGCGGCCACCAGUGGCAUUUUGUCAGCACUUGGGAACUUCCUGGCCCAGUUGAUUGUGAAGAAGCGAGAAAAAGAAAACUCCCAAAAGCUAGAUGUCAUUGGGCCUCUCAGAUAUGCCAUUUAUGGGUUCUUCUUCACAGGGCCACUGAGUCACUUCUUCUACCUCUUCAUGGAGCACUGGAUCCCUUCCGAGGUCCCCUUGGCUGGUGUCCGGAGGCUGCUCCUGGACCGCCUCCUCUUCGCGCCGGCCCUCCUGUUGUUGUUCUUCCUCACCAUGAACUUCCUGGAGGGGAGAGACACAGCUGCGGUCGCUGUCCAGAUAAGGAGAAGCUUCUGGCCGGCGCUGCGCGUGAACUGGCAAGUCUGGACCCCGGCGCAGUUUGUCAACAUCAACUAUGUCCCUUUGCAGUUCCGAGUGCUUUUUGCCAACCUGGUGUCUCUGUUCUGGUACAUCUACCUGGCCUCUCUGGGCAAGUGA